CUUGCGCAAUGUGUUUUGCACGGCCCUGGCUCUUGGCAGUGUAUGUUUGGUGUUGUUGUCACAUUAGGAGAGUGAAAGACGUAUUUAUUACCGGGGCCAUAACCGUGAACGUGUCGCAUGAGGUUAGUAAAUGAGCCCCACCCUGCCAUGAGAGCGGACCAUCAGGUCAGCAGCCCCCCCUCCUUCUGCAGUUGAUGGAUCUGCAGCUGGUCCAGAGAUGACAGACAGCGUCAGGGCCUUCCUCCAGAAUGUCGCGACGGGGAUCAAGGACUCCAUAUUGGGGAUCGGAACCAUCUCCAAGCUGGAUGCUCGCAUCCAGCAGAAAAGGGAAGAGCAGCGGAGAAGGAGGGCCAGCGGGGCCCUCGCACAGAGACGGGCACAGAGUGAGGAACGCAAACCGGACAAUGAGCCUAGAGUAGCCAGCAGGAUAUUUCAGUGCUGUGCCUGGAAUGGAGGAGUGUUCUGGCUCAGUCUGUUUCUCUUCUACCGGGUCUUUAUCCCCCUGCUGCAGACCCUCACAGCAAAAAUCAUCGGUGACCCCUCCCUCCACGGCAGCGUGUGGUCCUGGCUAGAAUUCAUUCUGACCUCCGUCUUCAGCGCUCUGUGGGUUCUCCCUCUGUUCGUCCUUAGCAAGAUAGUGAACGCCAUCUGGUUCCAGGAUAUAGCUGACCUGGCGUUUGAGGUGUCUGGCGUCAAAGCCCAGUCGUUCCCCAGUGUCAGUAAGAUCAUCGCCGACAUGCUGUUCAACCUGCUGCUCCAGGCGCUCUUCCUCAUUCAGGGGAUGAUUGUCAGCCUGUUCCCCAUCGAUGCGAUCGGACAGAUGGUUAGUCUCCUCCACAUGUCUCUGCUCUACUCCCUGUACUGCUUCGAGUAUCGCUGGUUCAACCACGGCAUCGAGAUGCACCAACGACUGUCCAACAUCGAGAGGAAUUGGCCAUAUUACUUUGGCUUCGGUUUACCCAUGGCUCUGCUGACCGCCAUGCCCUCCUCAUACAUCAUCAGUGGCUGCUUGUUCUCCAUCCUCUUUCCUCUGUUCAUCAUCAGUGCAAAUGAGGCAAAAACACCAACAAAACUAUAUCACUUCCAGCUGCGGCUCUUCUCUCUGGUCGUGCUGAUCAGCAACAAGCUUUUCCACAAGACCGUCCACCUGCAGUCGUCUCUGACGCCGUCGCCCUCGUCCGAGAAGCUGGCCUCGCCCCACACCUCUCCGAACCGCCACAGACUGCUGCAGCACAGCCAGUAAUGGAUCCAUGCAAAGCACGAACAAUAUCAACCAACGUUUGGCAUCAGUCGGUGUCGAUUCCUCCAGAGGGGUUGACCUCAAAGAAGACGACAUGCAACGCAAAAUGAAGGGUUUAUGUAGAUUAUCCGAUCUUCGGCUGUUGGGUUUAGUUUAAAUCCACGCCAGGCACAUUUUGACUCACACGUCUCUCUUAACACAUUAUAGGAAUAUAUACAGCUGUAACUUUAUUUUGGUUUGGUCUUCUUUCUGCAUAAGUUUUUCUUUCUGUUUUUUUUUUGUAUAAUGUGCCAUUUGAGUGACGCUUUGUAACAAAUACAGCACAAGAGACCAUAUAGUUUUAAUCUUAAGCAAAUAUACCUUAAAUAGACUUUUUCUCUCUUUGCAGGAGCUUUGAGAAGAAACGGCACGUUUAGGUUCCACCUGCAGCGUAUUGCUUAGUGUUGAGUCUUGCACAUGGAUGUUGAUAUCCGACGUAAACAAAUCCUUUAAAGGGAGUCGUCUUCUUUUUUUUGUUGGAUUUUUCUUCCUAUGUUGCAAUCUCAGAUCAAUUCAGGCACUACCAUGUUGCUGUUGAUUACCUUUUAUAAAAAAUAGUAACUCUUGUGUUUUUUUGGCUUCUCUUCCCCCAAAAGACUGCUGCUAUCUGUAGUAUAUGUAGUGACACCAGUGGGUGAAAGGUUAACCCCAUUUCUUAAUGGUUCUGUGUCAUUGGCUGGUCCUAGUGAGACAACACUGCCAAACCACUGCAGUUCUGUUUUCUUUUUCACUUCAGGCACAACCAUGUGAAGUUCUACAAAAAAGAGGCCUUUCUUUAAAAUAAACAAAAAAAACAAGUAGAUGAUCACCCUCACUUAGCUAAACCUAGUCUACCCAGAUUACUGAUGUCGUUAUACCUAAUCUGCGAAGAUUUUUUUAUGGUGUACAUAAUUUCAGCACCUCCUUUCUUCAGACACCCUAGCUCACUCUGUAAUCUUUUCUCUUUCACUUAUGAAAAGCUCAAGGCUGUGGAUAGGGGCAAUGAUUUUGAAAAAGUGUGCAAUUCUGACAGGAGCAUAGUCUUAGUGAUUUUAUUGUUGUUUUUUUUUCUUUUUGUAAAAGUAACAUUUAAUUUCAAUAAAAUUUGGUCAGUAUUCAAUGUUUGAAA